UUUUAGUAUCUUUUUAUGUCCACUGAGCUGUAUGCAUACAGGCCAAGAGUUUGCCAGAAUCGUCUUGGAAACAUGCAGGCUGCUUUAGUGCUUACAUUCAUCAUGAGUGGGCUGCUCAGUGCCCUCGCACAGAAACCUCACCACUGCAAGUCACCACCGUACCUCCAGGGAAAGUUAGCUGUAGACUUUCCUGAGGGGAAGACAAUGGUGUAUGAACAGUUCUACUAUGAUGCUUUGGAGGAGAGGAUUCGUGUUGUUGCAGUUGGGAAGGAAGGCGAGCAUGAUGUGUUUGUGGAUCGACUUCUACUUUUCAGAGAAAAGGCUUAUUUUGACAUCAGUUACCACAACAAAAGCUGUAUUAAGGCUUCUCUCGAUGCUACCUUCGCUCCCAUUGCGAUUCCCCUUGAUGCCCAGCACAGGGCUCAGGUUGUCCUGGGAAGCCUGUCUGCUCCCGCACAGGGCCUGCUGGUCAACAACUGGGUGGGAUCAGAUGCUAAGACAAACGCAAACUACUCCCUUACCUUUACAGAGUUCGGCUGCAUUCCCAUCGUCAGCAUGUAUCACGUCAAUGGUGUGGGUCAUUUUCUGUCAAGCUUCUUCGACAUGGUCAUUGGCAUAGAGGAUCCCAGAGUCUUCAUUCCUCCAGACUUCUGUUCCUCCAAAAACCUGGUGGAGCGGAAAGAUGGCAAAGCAGCAAACUUCUUCACUGCUCUCCUGUAAGCGAUUUGGCAUAUGUGUGAUUUCAUUCAUUUCCUUAACUCAGUGAAUCUGCUGUCAUUUUAAUGCUCAUUCAAAUAAAAUGACCAGAAUGAUGUAAAAAUCA